AUGAGGGUGCCCAACUACGUGGCAUGCGGCGCGAGCAUGUUUCGCUGCACGCUCUACCGACGCCACACGGAAGUCUGCAACGGUUGCGGAGGACUGGGACACCGGGUUGACGUGUGUCCCAACCCGGGAAUCAAGUGGUGUCGCACCUGCGGCAAACGAUCGCCGGCGGAAGAUCACCAGUGCGAUCCGCAAUGCACGUUGUGCGGUGGCCCGCACCCCACAGCGGCCAAAGAGUGUAGCGCCAAAUUUCAAGUACCAUAUAUCGUCAGAAGAAGACGGCGGCAGCGGCGUCGACGCGCCGAGCAGCAUAAGCUGGGAACCGACGCCAUCACGGCGGGCGGCAGGAACCGCUCGCGUACGCUAGCUAUGCAGGAGCGCAGCACCGAAAGAAGCCGCUCUCGCACGCCAGCUGUGCAGAAGCGCGGUGCAAUCAGGCAACGCUCCAGAUCAAGAGGGCGCUCGGCGUCCAGCGUGCGGAUCCAGGAGGAGCCUACCUGGGCGGAUCGUGUCAAACGGAAGAAGGAGAAGGAGCCACGGAGGUAA